AUGCGUACCGACGCCUUCAAGUUGCUCGCGGCUCUUGCCGUUUCUUUCCCCGUUGUCUCCGCCUGCGUUGGUAAGGAUGCUCUGCCUACCGCUACCGAGACCAUCAGCAGCGAUGCUCCCAUCGAAGUUGCCGCUGGCGAGAGCUACGACGGCAAGUUGGCCCGCUUUGAUAGAGGGUCCGGUGCCUGCAAGGACCAGACUGAGGGCGGCCAGAAGGACGCCGUCUUCAUCCUGCGUAAGGGCGCGACUCUCAAGAACGCCAUCAUUGGCAAGGACCAAAUGGAGGGAGUCUACUGUUUGGGUGGCGGCUGCACAAUUGAGAAUGUCUGGUUUGAGGACGUGUGCGAGGAUGCUAUUUCAAUCAAGGAGGAUGAGGCUGGCACCGAGACCAAAAUCAUCGGUGGAGGUGCCUACAAGGCCGGUGACAAGGUAGUCCAGCACAACGGCUGCGGGCACGUCAGCAUCUCCAACUUCUACGCGGAAGACUACGGCAAGGUCUACAGAGCUUGCGGCACUUGUGAUGCCUGCAAGCGCACCGUCAGCAUUGAGGGUGUCUCUGCUUACGGAGGUGGCGAGGUUGCUGGCAUCAACGAGGACACUGGCGAUGAGGCGACGCUCGUCAACAUUUGCACCGACGCCAAGACCCCUUGCCAGCUCUACUCUGGUCCCGGCACCAAAUCGGGCGAGUGCUAG